AUGUCUUCUAUAGAAAAGACUGGUGCUGAUGACCAACCUGUGAAUGAAAGCCCGCAUAUAGAACUUCCUCUAGAAUUAGAAAGUCUGCCAAUUAAAAAAGACCUUGAGAAUGUUCCUCUAACAGACGACUUUUACUACAAUGCCAACCUUUUUGAAAACCAUGAUAUAGUCUCCAACAAACGAAUUAGCUCUAAAAGUAUUAGUCUUUUCCAUUCGUUUGGAUUUUCUUCUCAUAAGCGGAAUAAUAUACACUUUCUCGAUGAAAAUACUAUACUUUCUUUCAUUGGAAAUGUAUUGAUAUUUAUGAACUUGAGAACGGGUGAACAAAAGCACAUGAUGGGUUUACGUGAAGGAUCUAUUGGUGCAGUGGCGAUACAUCCGAUGCAAACUUAUUUUGCAGUUGCAGAAAUAUUUGAUUCUCAGCCACAUAUAUAUGUAUUCGAAUAUCCAUCAUUGAAACUAUACCGUGUUUUACGCAAUGGCGCCGAAAAGGGAUAUUCGGAUUUGUGUUUCAACACUAACGGAGACAAAAUUUCCAGUGUUGCAAUUGAUCCAGACUACAUGCUGACGAUUUGGGACUGGAAACAAGAAAAGGUCAUGCUUCGAAGCAAGGCUUUUUCACAGGACGUGUUUCGAGUUGCAUUUUCACCGGAAAACGAUGGCAUUUUAACUACAUCUGGUAUGGGCCAUAUCAAAUUUUGGAGAAUGUCUUUGACGUUUACUGGUUUGAAACUUCAAGGAUAUCUUGGGAAAUUUGGUGCUACUGAACUGUCAGAUAUUGCCGCGUUUAUUCAGCUCCCGGACGGAAAAGUUCUUUCUAGUACAGAAACCGGAAACAUGCUGCUUUGGGACGGUGGCAUGAUCAAAUGUGAAAUCGGAGUUAAAGGCAGACGUUUGUGUCACCAAGGGAAAAUUGAAUCGAUCUUGCUUGUAGAAGGAGAGGUCAUCACAGCUGGAGAAGAUGGACUGGUUCGUGUCUGGGACUUUGAAACAAUUGACAAUGCAGAUGGUUCAGCUGGAGCAUCAUCUUCUGGUGGUGGUGCAAUAGACUCUACUUCAGGAGCUGGAUCACUUUCACAGUCUCGAAUAUUCGAGAUGGAGCCUAUCGAUGAAGUCCUAAUUACCAAAGAUGUCAAAAUCAAAUCAAUUGUUCGCUAUCUAAACAGCACCCAUAACUAUAUUGUUCAAGAUCAGCAAGGGCAUCUUUUUUGUUUGGAUUUGAAUAAGCGAUCCAGUGACAAAAUUCUGUCGUUUCAUGCCGGCCCAGUGGCUAGUGUGGACACCAGCCCAACCGCGCAUAUUAUGGCUAGUCUAGGGAGCGAUGGAAAUUUGAGAAUGUAUGACUAUGCUGCAAAGAAAAUGUUGAACAAAGGCCAUUUCUCAGCUGGAGGAACUUGUAUGAGUUUUUUGCCGAUUACACUAGACUGUACUGGCAAUACACUUAUUGCUGGAUUUGCUGAUGGAGUAAUGAGAAUCUUAUCUUACACCUCGUUUGGCAUAAUUUUACAACAUGUAUUCAAACCUCACUGUGCAGCAAUUACAUGCAUUUCAGUUUCAAAAGACGGAUCACUUAUUGCUACAGGAUCUAAUGACAAGAGUGUUUUUUUGUUCCGAGUAGACAAAACAGCCAAAAACAACCAAGAAAUCCCGUAUUCCAGAUCAUCGGUAAAAAUAACCCCACUUGGUGUGCUAAGUCUACCUGAUCAAGUAGUCAAAGUACAAAUUGCGCCUGAUUAUGAACUUGACAAGGAAAAAUUCAAGUUCAGCGCAUCGACAGAUAUAUUUCCAAAUGACAAAAAACUGAUUGUUGGCAAUCGUCUUUUUGUUUUACUUGAAAACGGAAGCCUUUACUCUGCAUUUUUGUCUUCAAAUGAAGUUAUUGACACUUCUGUCACAUUUGAAAUUGCUCCUGCUCAGAUCUGGUUGAAAAAAUGGACAGUAAUCCUUCCGGAAAUUCCAGUAUCCAACGCGCUUCAAAAUACUACAGACGAUAUCAAGCAAGCUCUUGGUAAGCAUCCUGCAAGUAAUCCUCAAGUUUUGGCACCUAAUACAAUCUCAUCAUUAGACAUUCAAGGGCAAAAAAAAAUGACUACCGAGCAAGCUUCAAAUGGACUACCUUUACUUCAAGAACAGGGUAUAUCAGCCGAUCAGUCCCACCAUGCUGCCACAAGUAAUUCAAAAACUGAUCAGCCUGCUUUAUGCACAAAAGAGUCUCGAGGGUUAAUAAUUAAUAGCGAAUCUUUGAUUACAGCAAUCCACUACGCCGAAAACGGAUACUUUUUGAUGGGAAUUAUAAAUACCGAUGGUGAAGCAGAAGUACGUUUGUGUCAUGUGCUGAUGCCUGCCCAAAGCCGCCUGCUUUUGGUCUAUAAAUCUGCUAUUACGGAUAUUUGCUUGACCAAAACCAACGAUUAUCUUUUGAUUGGUACUGCCGAUGGUGCAUGUGCUAUUAUUCGAUAUAAUCAAAAGGAAUUCCUUUUAAAAGAUCGACCCAACACACACGAAACUUAUCAGGAAUACCUUGGUAGUUUUAACAAUCGUAUUAAUACUGCACUUGAGCAGCAGGAUAAAAACAUUCAAAGCAACUCCGAUAAUGACUUGACAGAAUCGCUGAUUGUCAAUGGACAAUUUUGGGUUGGGCAUGGUCACGAUGUACUGCAAGGACGUGUCAACAUGGUUCGAACAAGUUUUGAUAAUGCAUUCUUAUGUUCAGUUGGAAACGAUGGCGGUGUGUUUGUGUGGCGAAUCCAUUUUAACGAUAUCAGUUUUUGCAAGCCUACAACUGCAAAAAUAGAAGACCAAUCCAAUCAACUUUCUCAGCCUGAAGAUAUCACUGACAGCAAUACAUACACUAUUCAAGAAGCAAAGGUUAAAUCUGAAAAAGAUCGCGAGGCAGAACAAGCGGAAGAAAAGAAAAAAGCUGUUCGGAAUUACAUUCAAGAUUUGCGAGCAGAAUUUAUAAAACUGAUUGGUGAAAAUGAUAAAUUACCCUCUGAGAAAGCAUGCAUGCGUAAAGACCUUUGUGUUGAUCCAUACUUGCAUGCUGAUAUUGAACGGGACACUUUGGAAAAAAUCUUCACGUUGCGAAAAGAAAUGGCAUGGGUUUCUGAAAAGGUAUUGAUUGGUCUCACGAAACUCCGUGAAAAAUAUCUGGGAUCACUUCAAACAGAAAGAAUUGAAUUCAAGGCAUUUGAAACAAACCAUACCUUGUCGACAUACAGAACCAUGAAUAUGGAUCAAAGCGUUGAAACAAUGCUACAGUCUCUUUUAAAAACUCCCAAUCGUAUUGAUACAACACCUCAUGCAAGAAAUCUUCCGGAAUCUCGAACUCCUGGUAUGUCUCGUGAUACUGAAGGAGGAUCCCCGAAACAAGCAUUAUUACUGACCCCUCAGCAUGGUGAUGCACAGACCCCACAUAGGCGAAUUGUCAAGCAUACCGAAGUCAAGAGUAAAUUAGAAUUACGAAAGCAACAGCGUGCGGAACGAGCAAUCAUUUGGAACGAUCUAAUGAAGUUGAUGAAACUUGGUAAAGUGGCCAGUUUCAACAAACGAGUAUAUACAAUGGAGUCAAGUGCGUUUCCUGAGCAUCGCGAAAAAGUAGCACCAACAGAUAUAAUACAGUUUCAAAACCAACAGCAAGAAGAGUCUGUGCAUCGUAAUGGACACAAUGACAUGCUAGACGCAUUUGGCACUGGAUCUGCUGUUCCAGUCCAAAAUCAAUCGAUCCACUCCGGAUUGAGUGGUGCACCUGUAAGAACAGAUGGAUCCACUCUAAAAAAGUAUAAUGCAGAAGAGAAUAGACCGAGUGUUGGAGUUGACAAUGGAAACCCAGCAGCUUUUGAAAAUUCCACCGAAAGUCGAGUGUUGUCUGAAACAGAUGCUGCAGCACGUUCUGAUGCUCCAACACCAUUAGAACUUGAAAAGACGCAUAUUAAAAUCACAAAACUCUUGUACGAAGAGUCUGAAAUUGCAAAAUCGAUUGAAAAACAUAUCCAGACAUUUGAUGGUGCUGUUGAACAGCUUGCUCGUGAACGCAUUACUCUCGAUGGAGAUUUAAAAUUUGCGGAUAUCAAACUGCUGCUACUCUAUCAGGAAUGGGUUUUGCUUAAAGAAUUUGAAACCCACGAUACCGCAUUGGCUGAGAAACUAUCUGUAAAGCUGAGCGAAAAAAACGAAGUUGAUCAAAAGAUUUCCGAGUGUCAAGGCAAAUUGGCACUAAAAAAGUCUGAUAUAGAAGCUAUCAUCUCCAAGGGAACUGAAAUCCGGGAAGAAUUUUCUCGUUUAUUAGGUGAAAACAAUACCAAUGAAGAAUACUUGACCAAGAUAUUCACAAGAAAAAUCAAAAGAUCCAAGAAAAAGAUCAAGGAGAGAAGCGGAAGUAAAGGAUUCACAGAAAACAAUGAUAUCGAUGAGGAGGAUGAAGACAGUGAUGAAAGCGUCGAUUCAUCGUUGGGCAGUGAUAUGGAAGACGAAGACGAAGAAUUUGAAGAACGCUGUCCAGUAGAUUGUGAUCGUACACUUUGGUUCAACGUUCUUUCCCAGCGCGAUAAGCGUCUAGAUCAGGAUGAACUUUUAGCAGACAUUCAAAAAUCAGUCGAGGCACUUAAAAAGGAAAACGAUUCGCUCAUUAAAAAAGAGAAAAUUGUUGGAAUUGGAUUAAAAAGUGCAGAAGCUGAGAUUCAAGAUUUUCAAACACAGAAACAAAGAAAAUUGAACGAGUUGGACGUUCUGGUCCCACUUCGAUUCCAUCAGAUUCAAUAUUUAGAACGAGACAUGAUCCCGUCCGACUUAUCACCUGCAUUGGUGUUUGUCAAUGAUGGACUUUUGAAACUACAAAAUAGAAUUUACGAGCUUCAACAGGAAAAGGCAGAUAUCAAGAAACAACACAAGGAACUUCGCAAGCAGCAUGUCAGUUUUAUCAAAAGUAAACGAGAUAAACAGCAAAAGCUUCACGAGCUCAGCGAUCGGGCUAAAGAUGUGCAGAUGCUCAAAUUUGGGCAGAUAGUCGAUUUGGAAAAGCUUGAAAAGCUGGGCGUAAACAAAACUGCAGAUGAACUUCGCGAAAAACUGCAACGAGAGGAUAAUCGUCGACUAAAGGAAAUCAAAGAGUAUGAUAAUAAAAUUGAGCAACUCAAAGAACGACUUACCGAGGCAAUCAAAGAAAAUACAGACAAGGUCGAGUCUUUGGUGCAACUCAAGGAGCAGCAACACGCAAUUGAGAAUGCACUAAACACAUCCCAGGCAUCAGUGACUGCAGAGUAUUCUGGCCCUCAAAAGAAAGAUAUUGAUGAGCGUGACCGCUUAGUCUUGUUGGUUCAAUCGCAAGCUCAACAAAUAGAUGCGCUCAAGUAUGAAAUUGAGCUGCUUAUAAGAAAGCCUAUUGGCCGUGUCCCAAAUAUUAAAACUCAGUCUACCGUGCCCUAUCCACCAAACACGCGACCAAAACUUCAUGAAUCCCGGCCUCUACGACAUGAUAUUCAUAUGCCUGACACGGCUCUGAUGAUGCAAAAUGAUCAAAGUAUAGACUCCCCUGGUAGUGCAAUGACUUCCGACGCAAUCAUUUAAUAGUACACAUUUAUUCAAACGAUUUGGGUUGUUUUCAACUAUUGCUAGUCUUUAAUAUAUUUCCAAUAAAUGGUAAUUUAAAUCUCA